AUGGACCCAAUACCAUCAGAGAUCUGGAUCAUGAUACUGGAGCACUUGGCCAGUGUGACCAAGAUAGCGCAGUAUGCCACAGUGUGUAGGAAGUGGCAAGCAGUCAUUGAAAAACUGAAUUUUCACUCACUUAGCCUUUCAGCUCGAGAUGGUCUAAUACCUGAUAGCAUAAUGGCAAAACGAAACAGUCUAAUCAAGUAUAUCUGGUAUUCAAUUGAGCUUCCAGAUUACGGCUGCUCAAAAUGCAGUCAUUGGGAUUCACCUCGCGAUGUCAGGGUCAGCUCAUGGCGUAUUAAAGAUGGCAUUGAUACAAUGUUCCAAGCUCUCAGCAAACAUCAGCAUCUACACAGUAGAGGCAUGACGCUCGACCUUAGUAUUCAUUCUCUCUCUGAUGCAGAACACUACUUCAAACACAUACGCUUUGAGCCUGCCAACAUUGACCCUGCCAACGCGCUCAGCCGAACCAGAAUGAAGGAGAAGGUGUUACACCACGUUCCGGAACACAGCAUGACGCCACCUUUCACUGCUGUCGAGAGAAUCAUGAGCGUGCUCCCUUUUUCGGAUUUCGAUGCUUCGGGACUCAAGAUUCCAGAGACCGAUGAAAGGUUCUGGUCUAGUGUGCCCCAGGUACCUUGUGUUACCCGCCUUCUGUUGAGACGGCAGACACGACGUCGGUGGGAUCCACCUACUAUUACCCGGUUACUAGCCCUUUUUCCAAAUUUGGAGGACCUGGUAAUUGAGCCAUAGGGCAC